UGCAAUGGAACGACGACGAUACAAAAGCAAGACGACGCGACAGCCCUUGCUAGCUGCACGACUUUCACAGGGGACGUGACCAUAGCGACUGGCGUCACCGAUCAAAUUGACGUCGGAGACUUACAACGCGUCAACGGCGACUUCGUCGUAACUAAUGUCUCGCUCUUCUCAAGCUUGGGUGGGCCCAGCCAGGAGAAGAUUGACGGCAAAUGCGUAAUGAAUGAGGUUCAAGUCCUUACAACACUUAGCUUUCCAGACCUCACCAACGUAGGAGAUAUCGAAUGGAACGCCCUGCCAAAUCUUCAGCAAUUUAUUUUCACAGCUGGUAUCAACUUGGUUACGGGGGUCAGGAUCCAGUACAGUGAGUUGGAUAGUCUGGAUGGGCUCAAUAUAAAGGUGGCGGACACUGUUCUUAUCGCAAACAACCGAUACCUAAACAAUAUUUCGAUCCCACUCACCAACAUCGGUAGUUCAUUGACCAUAGAAGCGAAUAACCCCGCCGUAAACAUAUCAUUUCCUAGCCUGCAAUGGGCAAGCAAUAUAACAAUCAGAAAUGCGUCUUCAAUAGAUAUGCCGUCUCUUAAUUAUGUGGACGAUUCUUGGGGUAUUUCCUGUUGCGACAUGGAGGAUCUUACCGUGAAUACUCUGAGUGUUAUCAAAGGGGCCCUCGAAAUGCACAGCAAUACCUAUCUCAGAAAGGUCUCAAUGCCCAAUAUUCUGUCGGUUGGAAGCCUGGCAAUUCAGAACAACACCGUGAUUGAAUCGAUCAAUGGGUUCGGCCAACUUGGUACAGUAAAUGGGACUAUCGAGUUUGAUGGCGAUUUCAACAAGUAA